AUGCCCAAAACAGCGGCAGAUGUGUCAUUGAUCGUCAAGGCUCUCUUCAAAUCAAAUGAGAGAUUUGCCAUCAAAGCUGGUGGACAUAAUCCAAACCGCCAUUUCUCUAGUGUUGAAUCGGGCAUCCUCAUCAAUCUUCGAGAUUUAAAGGAAAUCACUUACGAUGCGGCAUCGAGCACUGUUCGAAUAGGACCUGGAAAUCGAUGGGCGGAUGUUGUUAAGGCGCUCGAACUUUUUAACGUCACCGUUGUUGGUGGUCGUAUUGGAAGUGUUGGCGUGGGAGGGUAUCUUCUUGGCUCGGGUGGGAACAUGAUAUUCCACUCAAAGAAAACCGACCAAAUCCUCACAGCUGUCCGGAAUUUCGUCGAAGACUGCCAGGAUCCCAGAGCUGCGAUCAUUGCUACCAAUUUUCUCGUCCUCCGUGCCCAUGUCAGCUUCUGGGCUAUCUUUUUGUUUUAUGACGGCCCGCAGCCCCCUCCUGGGACCUUCGACAGUUUCACAGAAAUCGGUCCAAUGAGGGAGACCUGUCGGACCACAACUUAUGUCAAGUUACUGACCAAAUUUGACAACUUCAUCUUCACCGGCCAAAGUUAUAGCAUCGCAACCGAGACAUCUCCUCUUCCUGACAGAAAAUGUGGACUAAAGGUUAUGAGAUCAUACUACGAUUCUCUAGAUCGGAUUGUUAUGGAGUUCGACAUGUCCAACUUGCGUCCAUCGCAAGCCUCAAGAGUCGAUGCUGCUCUCGUCGAGAUUUAUGCUGGGAUCCGAGAAAAAGUUCAAGGGUUCAUCGCAGAUGGAACGUUGCCAGAUGCUCAUUUACCGCUGUUCAUGAAUGAUGCCAAUUAUCAGCAAGAUUAUUUUGGACGAUUACGGCCGGAAACAUUGGCGUUUGCCAAGGCUGUGAGGGAUGAGGUUGACCCAGAUGGGAUUUUUCGUGAGAGGACUGGUGGUUUCAAGAUGUGA